AUGCAUACACCAACUAUUUUCGACCAAACUGAUCGCACCGGCCCUCAAGCCCACUAUGACGGCGCUGACCCCAAUAAAUACUUGAGCGACUCAGAUAGCUAUAAUGAUGAAUCUGAUUGCGGAUCAGAUGAUUAUAAUAACCAUGAGUCCAAUUGCGAAUCAGAUAGUGAAGAAGUCCCCUGCGCUUCAACUAGCACUACCGUGGCUCCAUCAUUUCCGUUACCAAGACAAGAAAAGUUUAAUAAUGACUUCACUCCUAAGGACCUGCUAAAUAGUAUUCGGGAAAUUCUUUCAUCACUGCCUAGAGAUAUGUCAAAUGAUAAAGGCUCAUUAGAUUGCCUUCCAAUCUAUUCAUUCCUCUUUUCGAAUGAAAAGGGGUCUAGUUUAUAUAAUGCUUAUGAUCGGGAUGAAGUGGAAAAUAAAUUGGUUAUCAAAAUUGACCAAGACGCUGAUCGGGCUCCGAAGUUUUCUGUUGCAGACGACAUUUCUGAAGUAUAUGGUUUACCCGGGAUUCAUGAAUGUAUUAAUGGUCAAAAGCCUUUAAGACCUGUGAUUGAUAUCGAUGCUACACAGGGGGAUAUGGAAUCAAAUGGAGUUAAAUCUGGUAGUGUAUUCAUCCGAAUCUGUUGCUCAUUCAUAAGAGUUUUAUAUCGAAUUCUUGAUUGUAACUGGAAAGAUAUUCUAAAGGGAUUAAUAAUCACCACAUCGUCAGACCCUAGCAAGUGUAGUUACCAUAUUUUAUACGCACCGGCUCUUCUUAUUGAUCAUCAGGAACUCAAAGCAUUUACCGAAUUAGUAUAUACCUUAACUGGGGAAAAAUUCAGCAAGUAUAUUGAUCGGGGGUUGCCUGGUCAAAAUUUUAACCUUCGCCUUAUCGGUUUGGCAAAAAAAGGUCGUGUAAAGCAACUUAAAGUAAGACCUCGAAUGCUUAGCAUAGAAAAAAAUAAUAAUUUACUAAGAAUAUCCGUGGGUCGGGAUAUAUUACAAAAAUGUGCGAACUUAGUUUUGCAAAAGCAUUCUAACUAUCUUAGGGAUUGGAAUAUCGAGGAAAAUGAUUCACAAAACUUCGUAUAUUUUAACCGAAAAGCUUCACUAGAAUGUCCACUAUGUAAACGUAUACAUGACAAGGAUCAGCGGUGGUUCGGUCGUGUAUAUGCCAGCAGUGGAACAUUCAUUGUAAAAUGCUUCCGGCAAUGUAGUGAUGAACCAGGGGAAGUUUUUGAAUGCGACCCAUCUAUUGCAGAAAAAAUUCAGCAAGAAAAUAAAAAUCCUAAACAAUCCUCCAAAAAGGUAAAGGCUCAAGACUUCCCUAAAGCCUUAGUAAAAAUACCAUCUUGGGUCAAAUAUAGUGAGACCCUUACGGCUACAGAAACUUAUAAUGAAAGGUAUGUAAGACCAUUACCCAAUGAAGACGAUAUUUAUGUGGGGUCGCCUUGGGAAACAGGAAAAACCUAUAUUCUUAAAAAUUUGGCUAUCCCUAAUGAUGUAAAUUUGCUAGUAUUAUCUACACGCCAUUCUUACUCAAACGCUGUUACUACAAGGCUUAAUCUUAAGUCAUAUUGCGAUAUCGAUGGUAAUAUAAAUCUACCUGAUCAUAAGAGGGUAGUAUGCCAGAUAGAAAGCUUACAUCGUAUUACCAAUAAUUGUAAAUGUAAUAAAAAAUGCAAAUGUCUUCCAAUCCAUUAUGACCUGUGGCUUGAUGAAAUAGUGUCUAUAAUUGCUCAAGCACAAAGUCGUUUGGCAGGACAAUCGAUAGAAAAAUUAUAUAAAUUAAUACAAGAUGCGAGGCGCAUUAUUGUAAUGGACAAUGACUUAACUGACCUCAACAUUGAAUGGAUUAAGGCCCUUCGCAAGGAUAGAGUAUUUUCAAUUAUCCAUAACACUUAUCAACCACAGGAAGAACUACAGAUUAAGGAAUAUCAUGGUAAAUCUGAUCCGGUAGAAAAGGCUCACGAUUUCAGUAACGUUGAAGAAGCAUGGAAAGCCGUAGACCUAGUUGCUUAUACUAGCACUCUAAAAAUAGGAAAUAAGAAAGUACCAACUAUUCGUUUAUGGGUUGCAUAUAUGUUAGAAAAAUUUCGAUCUCAUCGUUUAUUUGGCUGGAGAAUGGUUGAUUUUCUCCGAAAUGCGGGUAUGGUAAUUUCUUUCAUAAAACUUAUUCCUAAACCUAAAGAUAAUACGAUAUCAUUAUUCCAGACAGUAAAGGUGAGUUCAUCUAUCAUUAAAGCAGAAGAAAUUUCAGAUAUUUCAAAUGCCCGUAUUCUUGAUUAUGAAAUAGCCGAGGUUUUGGAAAAUAAGCCGAAGAAGACUUUAGAGGAAAUGCGAUCUCUAAACCGGCAUCAUAUUGUAGAAUGUUAUGAAAUUCCGCUUGAAUCAUUGACUGAAGAAUUCAUAUCGAAGUAUAGGAAUUAUAAUCAUAUGAAAUGGUUCAGAGCUUAUAGACAGUUACGAGACGCUGGCAUUAACAAUGAAACAGCUGUUGAGGCUAUCAUUCGUAAAGAUUAUAGAGAAGAUAAACUUAUCAUAGCUACUCGAGCUGAGAGGCAUCGAAUUUGCUUGGAAUUACUAAGGAUCUGUACACCUGCUAAAGACAUUGACGAUAGGACACGAUAUAAAUCUGAUGAUGUCAAAAAGUGCUUGAACACUCCCGAAUCGACAUCGUAUCUCCAGGGUUUAGUGCCUAAAAUGGCUCGAGUAUUUGAUAAUACAAAUGCAUUGCGCAGUGCUAAAAAAUCGGGAUUAAAAACAAUCCGAGCGAAAAUUAGUUUAUUAAAUGCAUCCCUUUACGCAACUUAUGGAUUGAAAUUUAAGGCUGUUGAUAAGAGUCAAAGAUAUUAUCAUUUAGUUGGUUCAUUCGAUAGCAAGGACGCCCCCAAGUUUCCUUCAUACCAAACAGGGGAAGAAGUUUAUUGGGAAAAUGGUAAAGAUACUCGAUAUGGAUAUAGUAAGAUCCCACCCGAUGAAUUAUUAUUAGGUAAUCUUUCUAGUUCUAGCAAAGUUGAUAAUACGCAAAUUUCAGAAGAUAUUCAGAAUUUAAUUGAUAUAUGCUAA